GCGAGGAGGCAGUGCCUAACUUGUUGAGUGCAUAAGAGGCUCCCUGUGUGCGACCCUCUCAGCAUUCAGGACCAGCGUGCCAGGCGAUCACAACUAUUCGGCCCGUGCAAGUGGACUCCCGUCAUCUUUCUCAAAGAUUUUGCCUCCGAGGGGAACAUAACGGGAUCAGAAGUUGGCAGACUUGAAGACGUUGAAGUAAGAGCAGCUCAGCAUGGCCGUGUCCCAGGAGAGGGGUGUGCGUUUGGGGCUGUGGGUGCUCCUCUGGCUGGGAGCUGCCCGGGUGGCGGAUGCAUGCAGCUGCCACCCGGCUCACCCGCAGCAGCUCUUCUGCAGCGCCGAGACCGUGAUCAGGGCAAAGAUUGCCGGAGAGAAGAUUGUGUCGCCUAGCAACAGUUCCUCCCCCUACAUGAAGAUGAUCCAGUAUGAAAUAAAGAUGAUCAAGAUGUUUAAAGGGUUCGACAAGGCCAGGGACAUCCAGUACGUCUACACACCCGUCUUCUCCUCGCUGUGUGGCGUUAAAUUGGACUCCAACAACAAAGCAGGGUAUCUUCUCUCAGGAAGUAUGUGGAGCGACGGGAGGCUCUCGGUGGGCCAGUGUGACCUGGUGGAGUCCUGGGACAACCUGUCACUCUCACAGAGGAAGAAUCUCAACUACAGAUACCAGAUGGGCUGCGAGUGCAGAAUCAACGUGUGCUACACGGUGCCGUGCGCAUCCACAGGCGAGAACGAAUGCUUGUGGACGGACUGGCUGCUGGACAACAGCCUUAACGGGGAGCAGGCUCGGCAGUACGCUUGCAUCCGCCGCUCCGACACGACCUGCGGUUGGUACAGGGGAGGCCACGCCCCUGAGAAAGACUUCCUGGACAUGACCGACCCUUGACCGGCUCAAUAGUCCCGCCAUCUGAGUUCUUGGGAUGCCUUCAGUCAGGGGGAAGUUCUGUUUUAGGCUUGGUGUCGCUCAAAUUCGGAUGAUUUUGUGUAACAUUAGAGCAGAUUUCGUUGACAACUGGGCUGAUUUCGGAUCUGGAUGAGCUACCGGAUGCUGCGGCUUUUAAAUCUUUUUUUAAACGGCCUUCAGCUCCCGCAUACAAAAAAAAAAUCUCAUAGACAAAUUUGCAACGCCAUGUCGCAGGAAACCUAGUUAUCGUAACUCUAUUGUCAAGUUUCUGUCACUUUUUUCCUGAACGCUGCUGCUCGAGUGCUGAAUAGAACUAGCCAAACAGAUCACAUUAACUUGCUUUGUGUACGGUUUAGAAAACAAUUCAAAAUCCUUCUGCUGCACAGUAAUUGGUUAGCACAUCGUUCCCAGAGCUCUGAAACCUUGCAGGAAUACAAACAGCUGCAAAAAUGAUUUACCUCAGAUUGAAGCAGCCUGCGGUCAUUUGCAUGAGGCUAACACUAAAACACAUUUAAAUGGGCUUCAUAUUAGCAUUAUGCAGUAUUCAUGUGACAAAAGUGGGCAAUCAAACCACCUUUUCACGGAAAUAACAUGGCAAACUUUCACAAUGCAAACACAGACCUGCAUCGCUAUGAUGGAACUGUAUAUAAAUAUACCACUAUGAUUCAAAUAUACAGUAUAUUCACACACAGGAAUUAUAUAUAUAAAUAAUAAUUCCCGGCAUUGUAAAUACUGUUUUUUAUUAAGCAAUAACAUUUUAAAAGCUAACCACAUUUAACUUCAUAGCACAGGCGGUACUUAUCCCACAUCUUUCAGCAAACCUCAUUUUGUGUGCUAUUUAAAUUCUACAAGCCGAUUCACUUCAACGUCAAAGUAAAAAAAAAAAUUUAAAAAAA